AAGAAGAUGCUGAAGGUAUGGAGAAGUAUUCCAGAGGAAAAUGAAAUGCAAUUAGAAUCAUUUAAGGCUCCCAAAAGGCAAAUAGGGAGCUUAACAUGAUCUCUGAAGAGGUGACUCAGGAAAGCAGUGUGGCAAUCAUUACUUUUGGCCAUGUCCAAGAGAGAUUUGGCUUUUGUAUGUAAGUUUUGUCAGGGGCAGGCCUGGGAGAUUUAAGGUCCCAUCUGCAAAACAGCCCCUGAAUACAAGGGGGAAAUAAGAGGACAGAAUGAGUGAGUCAAUAAAUUACAGCUAUUAGGGUUUGAAAGAAAGAAGCAAAUCCCCAUUAGCUGUGAGUUUGGAGGUGUCCUGUGUGGCAUAAUUUGGGAAUCAUAACCAAAGAAAAGAAACAGGAUUACUGCUGACACUGACAAAGCUGAGUGUUCUUUAGUAUAGGCUAACAUGUACUAAAUUAUACUUCACCUUGAAGACUAAGUGGAGUGCUUAAAAAACAUUUACAGAGAAUCUGACUUUUAGCUUGUAUUGUCUAUCAUUUUUCAGGUAAUAUGAGAGACUUCUUUUCCAUUAUAUCCAUGUGAAACAAGUUCUUCUGAGAAUCCAGCUCAAUUAUUAUUUUAUCUUUAUUUAAAAAAUCCCUAUCCAUAAGGGGAUGCAGCUGUCAUUCUUUCUCAUCAAUCCUCUUUAUUAAAAAGAGGGGAAAAAACUCAAACCAACCCUUACAUGAAACAAGAAACCAUCAGAGUCAACGUUAUGAUGUUGAAAACCAGUGGAGAAUUUCACAAAGGACAGGUUGUUUUUAAUAUCACCUAUGUUAAUGGACAGGUAUAUCUAAAUGAUUUUCCUAUGAAAAGCGGGGUUGCCCACGUAACAUGUCAAACAAUAAUAUUGGAGAAUGGAAACUCAGAUAACUUACCAGAUCAGCAGCGCCUGGAAACCGUCAGUGUUCGCAUCAUGGUUCACAAGUGGCCUUUGGCAUCCAGUUCUGAUUUGCAGCUGAUUGUCAUUCAGGAAGAAGUGACAGAAAUUGAUGGAAAACAGGUUCAGCAGGAAGAAGUAACAGAAAUAGAUAUUUUAGUAAAGGACCUGAGAGUACUUAGACAUUCAAACUACACUGUCCCUUUGAAAGAGAGCAUGCUGUAUUCCAUCCCAAGGGACAACGACGUGUUAUUUACACUUCCCAACCUCGCAGGAAAAGAUACUCAAGAUCCACUGCAAACUACCAGUCAGUACCUCAUCCAGCAAGUAGAAACUACAGUAGAUGAAGAGACAUUACCUGGCAAGUUACCAGAGACCCCUCUUAGGAUAGAACCUCCAUCUUCUUACAAGGUGAUGUGCCAGUGGGUAGAAGACUUGAGAAAAGGGUUGUGCAGAUUCUGGUUUCGAUCUUUACCUGUCUUCUUUAGUUUGAUGGAAGUCAUUGUAGUUGGAGUUGUUGGAGCAGCUCUUAUUCUCAAACUCUUAAAGGUGAUUUUCCCUUCCUGUGAAAACAAAGGCAUCCUUCUCCUGGAUCAAGUCAGCUUUGUACCUGUGAUUACCAUCAGCUUGCCUUCAGAUCUUCCAGACAGGAAAAAUAAUUUAGAUGAGAAAGCAUGUACUUAAUAUUGUGUUUACUUUGGAGUUACUGUUUUUUAAAAACAAAUUUUUAGUUGACCUGAAAUUUGGCAUUUGAUCUUAAUACCUUGUUUGUUUCCUACUAAGAAAACUAAGUGAGUUGAUUCAUUGGUAAAGGGACACUCAGGCUGAGGCCCGAAGCUGAAUUCCCUGUGCCUCUCCGUAAACAUGCAGCCUUUUCAGAAGCUUCAAAAUAAAACAGCUUUUCACCUUGAGGGCUAUCAUUGGUUUUAACUUCUGUGAAGUCACUUUUCCACACCUUGGACAGGGUGCUGGCUGCCUUCAUGCCCAUAGUCAGCUAUCCUGAAUAGCAAGAUGAUGAAAUUCAGGGUGUCCUGAAGUCUCCAGAUGAUAGCAUUCUUCAGAAAAGGACGAAGGAGUAUCGCAAACAUCAGCUGUGCCUGCAAGCCUAAACAAAACUGCCCAACCUGGUUUCAGGUCUCUUAGGGUUGAGUGUGCCUUGCAAGGAAAAUAUCACUACCAAACAUUUGUGUUACUCAAGUAAUUUGACAUUUUGUAUAUGCAAAAUAAAAAUUAAAAAGGCAGAUUUAUACUUCAAGCACUUUACACUUUUAUGGCCCCUUCCACUCAUAAAAAUUGUUAGCACUUGUAAACAAUGUGCUUUUUGUAUCUGUGAUAGCAGUACUAUGUGAAGUCUCAAAAGAAAAAAGAAAAUUCUACAAAAGUACUGGCUUACUAUUGCCAAGUAGGCCCAGUCUGCCCAUGCUGAUUUGUACUGUUAACAUUUUUCAAAUAAACAUUUAAAUUGUUUAUUA